ACCCAGAGAGAUGUGGGGCUUGGGAUGAGCCUGGCUCUGGAGAAGGGGCCUCCUGCUGCAGCCAUCCCUCUCUGCUCGCCACGAGCCGGCGGUGGGGUCACUCCGUGGCGUGCUCAGGGGACCGUGAUUGCCACCACCCACCCGCAGCCACCACGCCCCAGUGCCAGAGGGGACAGCAGAGGCACAGGAUGGUCUCCUCCUCCGAUCCCACCACCAUGGAAAUCCCCCCCAAGAGCCCUGAUGGGAGCGAGAAGUCCCCCCAGUCCAAGGAGCUGAUCACCAGUAACACGGGCAGCACCCUGUGCAUGAGCUCCCGCAGCGAGUCCGUGUGGACCAGCGCAUCCAGGAGCAAGUGGGACAUUUACCACAAACCCGUCAUCGUGGUGUCCGUGGGAGUUGCCAUCUUCCUCUUCGGGAUGGUCAUCACCAGCCUGGCCUGCUUCCUGCCCAAGAACAAAGACGUUUACAAAAUGUCUGGCCCGGCUUUCCUGUCCCUGGGACUGAUGCUCCUGGUCUGUGGCCUGGUCUGGAUCCCCAUCAUCCGCAAGAAGCAGAAGCAGAGGCAGAAGUCACAGUUCCUACAGAGCCUCAAGUCCUUCUUCUUCAACCGCUGAGGGCAGCCAGGACCUUCCCGAGAGGGUUCCCCUUCCCUCCAGCAACCUGUGUUGAGCAGCCAUGAAAACAAACACGUUCUUGUACUCCCCAGAGGAUUUCAUCCCAGUCAGUCUCUUCCCUACAUGGUCUCCAGUGUGAAAAUGAACUUUGUAUUUCAUCCAAGUCAUCCCAGGAAAAAAAGGAGCAGGAUUUUUCAGCUGAGCCCAGCAAGGCAGGUCCAAGGUCUCUGCAUCACCUCCCUGUCCAAAGAGUGACUCAACAGCACUCACUGGGUAAAGCAAAGCCCCGAAGGAACCUGGGCUGAAGCAAAACCCCAAAGGAACCCAGCUCCCCCAGGAGGUUCUGCAGGAUCCAUCAGCAGAGAGGAGCCAUUGGCUGGAGCCACAAUUCCUUCAAGCUCCCUAAUUUUCCAGACAGGCUGGAGGCUCUGCACAGCAUCAGGAGACACAGCAGAAGCAGAGGGGCACAGACCCUGCAGAGGGGCACAGACCCUGCAGAGGGCACAGAUCCUGCAGAGGGCACAGAUCCUGCUGCUCCAGGCACCUGGCAGGGCAGGGACAAGGGAGAUGUGUCCAGGAAUGGUCUAAGCUGUGGGAACUGUGCUUGGGACUGAUUCCCUCCCAGGAAACUCUCAACCUCCUCCUGGCCAUCUCUGCUGGAACUCCCUCAUUUCUGAAACUGGUGCCACAUCAACAUUUCUGCCUGAAAAUAUGGUCCAAGAUGCCUGAGAGCUGAAGCAUUUGUGUUUCCACAGCCUGGCUGACAGGGAGCUCGGGCUCACCCUGGCACUGGUGCCAGGCUACCCCCAGUCUGUGCCCAGGGCUGCCUGGGGAUCUCCUCCACCCGUGUGGGCAGAGCUUGAGGUGACACAUCCCAUCCUGGCAGCCGGCACAGCUGGAUUAGGAGUAUUUGAGCACACAAGUCCCUUUGCCCCGGGCUCAGCCUGGCCCUGAACUUUGCUUACUGACUGGGGCUGGCGUCCCUGGCCAGCCCGUGCCAGGUUGGUGACGGGGCUGGACAAGAUCUGGCACAGGACUCAGCAAAGCUGUUUGCUCCUCAGCCAUCCCUCGUGCCAUGACACGCUCUGCUGCUGUUUGCAAUCCUGCCCUGGCACGGGGCACCAGCCUCUGCUCCUUCAGCUGCCAUGGGCGGGGGAUGCUCACCCAAAACUCCUGCUCGGGGCAGCUGCAGCCAGAGAGAGGAUGGACAGCAGGAUUCGUGAUGGGAAAUCAUGAAGAGCAGCCCCAGAUCCCACCUGGAGGCAGAUCUGGGCACAGAUGGGAGGCCAAGAGCUGCCCAGGAUGGAGGAGGCACCUGGAAAUGGGUCCUGCUGCAAAGAGCUGUGCUCAGCCAGGGCUGCGGGGCCAAGGGGAUGCUCCAGGAGGACUGGAACUGCCAAAUGGAGAGAGGGGGCUCCUGCUGGCCACGUCUCAUGGCCAAGGAGAAGGACACAGCCAGUGAAAAGUUCAUGUGCUAAGAAGUCACUGAGACCAAGAACUGAACUGGAUUCCAGACUGGUCAUUUAUAACAAGAAUAAGAGUUUUCAUUAAAGGAAAA